GUGUCAACCUACAUAACGUCUCCUUUACGUUUAAUAUCUCAAGACUUCCACCAAAAUUGGCCUACCCAGCGUGAAUACCAGCGCCAUCCUGUCCCUUCAGCCGCUCAGGACCACCGCUCGAUGCAAACAGCCUCGCCGGAAGUUGACAGCUACUCGCCGGCGCCUAGGAAAUUUGCCCGCGCCUUCCCCCACCUUUGGGUAUCGCUUUCCAGCGUCUACAGGACCGCGGAGGGGCCUCGCCGUAAUAUGGUUCUUCGUCGGAGCCACUGAUGGUUUGACAGCUUAUUGGGCUGGCUUGUUCAUCCCUGCAGAAGACUCUUUCAACCACCUGGGCACCCUAGUUAUCGGCUCUGGAUAAUAACCAAAGCACUCCUCCGUUGGAUUCACCGUCAACCCCAAUACCUCCGCAUAACUCCUCCUUCCCUUCACCUCCUUAUCCUUCUUACCCUCUCUGACCUCACGGAGAGAAGAAUUAGCCAGGCGCACUUCUCAAUGAACUCAUGCUUGCACAGACAUGUGUGCUUUACUCUUGCCCUUUUGAUUGUCCUGAAAAAUUAGUUCUUGGAAACCUAGAUUAUAUCUAAUUUUUGGCUAUGCUUUCCCCUUAAACAUUUUUAGAUUGUAACAUUUUGAAGAAGUCUAUGUACUUGAUUCAUCACAUACAACAAAUAAGCCGUUCUCAUUUAUUAAUUAGGUUCGUUAUUUUCUGUCGAAAUGGUCACGAGUAACUGUUGCUCUGGCAAUUAAUGUCGUAGUGUUGUCCUGAUUCAACAUUCUUCGCCAUGCAAUUAGUCUCAAAUGAUAGUCAUAGGGAAGAUAUUUCAGAAACUGAACCCAUCCUAAGUCGACCCGGGGAUUUGCAAAGAUCUGAAGAAUCUUCUUCAUCUUCAUUGUCAUGUGAGAUUACAACUGUGGGAGGGGAUUUUUCUGUCUUUAAUGACGAUUCACAAAAUCUUCAUCUUGAUGAAAGUCGCCAUCUGGGGAAUACAGACCAACCACAAUGCCGCAUAUGCCUUGAUAGUGGAGGAGAAGACUUAAUUGCACCAUGCCAUUGCAAAGGCACCCAGAAGUAUGUCCAUAGAUCUUGUCUUGAUAAUUGGAGGUCAACUAAGGAGGGCUUUGCUUUUGCUCACUGUACAGAGUGCAGGGCCAUGUUCAUAUUACGUGCAAAUGUCCCACCUGAUCGCUGGUGGUUGAGAUUGAAAUUCCAGUUUCUUGUUGCUAGGGAUCAUGCAUUCAUUUUUAUAAUCGUACAGCUGGAAAGUCCAUUUGGUUUUUUUGGGGGUUUGAUAUGCGCUGCAGUUGCUAUGGACAUAUGGCAAAUAGAUAUUCUGAUUGUGGCAUUCUUGGGGGUGCUUGUAUACAAAUUUUAUGGAGACGAACUAAGAGAAAUGUUUGGAUAUGAAGAACAUCCAUAUGGGUUUUAUACAAUGGCUGUUUUAGCUAUCGUUUUGGUUGGUUUGCUCUAUGGUUUCUUCAUAGCCAUAAUAUGUGGACAGAGGAUCAAUGAACGCCAUUACCAUGUUCUUGCCAAACAAGAACUAACAAAGGAGUAUGUGGUAGAAGACCGAGAAGAUAAUAAGAAUGUCCCCGAACUUGAUCCCAGCCAUGUGACAGAGCUCAGGAUGUUGGGCCUCUACUAAUUUGGAAGUCAAUAUGUCCGUUAAAUUUUCUGGGUUUGCUCUUCUAGGGCUGGGGAUACUUUAGAGUGAAAGCCUACAUUUUCUUGUUGGAGCUCAUGUGUUAACCUGAUACCACCUCCUAGACGGUUCUCUUACUUUUUGCGUGCACUAUUUGCCGCAUGCUCUCCAUGAAUAUAGUCUCUGCAAUCUUGUCAUUUUUUUCAGUUCGUGGUUUGCUUGUUGCUUGCUGGUGUCAUAUCAGAUGUGGCAUGUGAAUAUUGAAGCAGGGAAUUCAUCUUCUCUCCUUGCUUAAGUAUUUUGAUACGAUUAUCAACAUUACCCUUCAUGUCGAACUGCACAGCCGUAAAGAGUAUGCAGCUCGCUCCAAAACUUCUUAUACCUUUUCAGGAGGAAAAUGGAAAAAAACGCGAUCUUGAUGAGUUUUCGUAGGCCAAACACGUUAGCAAGGGGAAUGAUAAGAUACGCUAUCCAGUGCAACUGCUCGGGCAGGUGAGUUCUAUAAGGAUCCUCUCACAAUUGUGUGCUCAAAUUGCAAGCAAUACGGGAUAGGCAAUUGCAUUGGAUCUCAAUCCAAGUUCUGAAAACUUGUUUCCACACAUUCUCUUUCUCCAUAGCUCCUCUUUGCCGUCUCUUUAUUUAUUUAGUAGCUACUUAGAUUAUAUGAAAAUAUAAGGAAAAUUCUGUAAAUUUUUCGUACGAGUCAAACUUUAGAAAUUUUCAUCCGAAAACAUUUUAUGCUAAAACAAACUUGGCCUAAAGUAAGACAAACUUGUUCUUUGUUUUUGGGUAAGUGCUGCUUUAGAGUUCUAGUACAAUCACAAAGAGCACCUGGUCUUUUAAAUUUAAGAAGCUA